AUGCGUCGUCCCAAGCGAGUCAGCCCACCGAUGGCAGAUGAGUUCCUCACUCAACUUCGCAUAGCCUACACGCGCCUAACGCGAGUCCUCUCUGGGUCAUCGCCUCAGUCGUCGCAAACUGAAUAUGCAGGGGUAUGCCAACUUGAUGGUACAAAUGAGAAUGAGCAGCCUAGUGUGAAGCAAACUCUUGUAUCCUCUUACAAUAAUUUACUGGCUCCCAAGGUUAAAGCAUAUUGCACUGAUGCCUCAAGUAUGGCUGCGAACGAUACAAUGAUCUUCCAAGAAUCUAGACACAAUUGCAUUGAUAAUUUUUCGACAUGGUUCAAUCAGUUCAGCAUUCUCCUACAAAGAAGUUUCAAGGAAAGAAAAUACGAGACCUUCAAUUCAUUGAGAGUGUUCCAAGUCAUCACAGCCUCGUUUUUAGCUGGUUUCAUGUGGUGGCACUCUUGUUACACGGAUAUUCAGGAUCGUCUAGGUCUCCUUUUCUUCAUUUCCAUUUUCUGGGGUGUUUUAUCAUCUUUCAAUGCUGCAUUUGCCUUUCCUCAAGAACGAGCAAUUUUGGCGAAGGAACGAGCUUCGGGUAUGUACACACUCUCGUCAUAUUUCAUGGCCCGAAUCACAGGGGACAUGCCUAUGGAACUAAUCCUGCCAAUAUUAUUCCUCGCUAUAGUUUAUUGGAUGACGGGACUAAAACCCGAACUCACUGCUUUUCUAAUGACAUUAAUAAUCGUGCUCGGUUAUGUUCUUGUGUCCCAAGGGCUUGGCCUUGCAUUUGGUGCACUUAUCAUGGAUGCCAAGCAGGCUUCGACCGUGGUAACUGUCACAAUGCUAGCAUUCGUUUUAACAGGUGGAUACUAUGUGCAUAAAGUACCAUCCUUCAUGUCAUGGAUGAAGUACAUUUCUACCACAUUUUAUAGCUAUAGACUUCUCAUCACUGUUCAAUAUGGAGAUGGAAAGGUGAUUUCCUCAUUGCUCGGUUGCUCAUCCGGACGUCGAGAAAGAGCUGACUGCAAUUUUAUCGAGGAAGAUAUAAGUGGAAAUAUCCACCCCGCUAUGAGCAUCGGCAUUUUAUUGAUCAUGUUUGUAGGAUAUCGAUUAUUUGCUUACAUUAUGCUAAGGCGCAUCGGUGCAUGAAACAUUGGGGGUGAGUACCCGUGGUCGGAAUUUUGUUAAGGGCAUGUUUGAUAUCUAUUAUUGGAUAAUGCUAGACUAUAAAUUGUAGAAUGAACAAACAUGUCAAAUGCACGUCACCUAACAUUUCA